AUGCGUUCCAUCAACGACGCCUUUGAAUAUGGCGUGGCUCCAAGUUUCCCAGAAUCCACACGCAGCCUUGUUGCUGCUGCGAAGACCAAAACUGGCCACAAGUCUCUGAUGAAAGCGCCCCGUGCGCCCCGACUUGGGGAAGUCUUGUCUCACAGAAAGGGCUAUGAAAUUCUGGACUCUUCCAAUCAAGAUAAUGUUAGUGGUGUCGACAGUGUCACCGAACCCCAGAUGCAAAAGGUUGCCAAAAUGGUUGCGGCCAGGAGGGAAGACAGAAGGAGGGGGCGCUCAUGGGACCGCGCAUGCCCUGGGGGCCACAAGGCUCCCAACACCAAAGUGGACCGACGAAGCAUGAGGAGUGCGAGUAAAGUUCGGUCUUCGCGCGGUGAUUCUGUUUCCACUACUAGACGAAGAGGGCUUUCAUCCCGUCCCACCGUAAAACGCUCCCAAUCCAGUCUACUUUCAAAUGGACAGCUUCAACGGGUACACAACUCAGAGCGCACAAAUCGUUUGAAUCGUAGCAUGAGCUGCCUGGAUACAAAACAUCAUGCAAUCUCUCCCAACAAGAAGAGCACUUGCAAUUUUGUCGAUUCAAUGAGCAACGUUGCUGGCAAGGUGGAUGAGUUUGGCUUUAUCCUCCACAAAUCCACGUCUUGCCAGCAAAGUGAAACUGAAGCCUGGCUUGCUAGUUUGCCAACGGAAGAAGACUAUACAACAACCACCAGCAAUACUAUUUGCACUACCACAAGGGAUCGUGUUCUUCCUCGUCGGACCAAGAGUGCAGCAUCCGUUGAUUCGACAAGACGAAGCAUGCUGAAAAACGCCCGUAUCAAUAGUCGGAGGGAACUGCAAAGAGAGGUUGGCCCUGAGGACAAACGAAGAGCAAGCAAAGUUUCUCACCAAAAUGCUGGAGAAGAGAACAGUGUCCCAUCACCGUCAUCCAAACCCGGGAGGAACCGAAGGAAUCGUGGGUUGGCCGAGAUGCUGUCGGAGCAUGAGGGAAGGGGAGGGCAUCGAUGGACAGAAUGUACUGCGGAUCAAACGUCGUCCAACGUCGGAAAGAAGCCCAAGAGGACCUCGUCCUGCUCCAGAGACAACUUGACGGCCAGCAGCCACCAUGAGAGUAGGCACAGGAGCAGCGCCAGAAAGUUGUGCCAGCAAGGGCACGACAGCCGCCUGGAUGUACGACCCCUGCCUCCAAGGCGUCAAGGAAGUGAUCGCUCCUCGCUUUCCCGCAAGCCCAAGUCUUGCAAAGACUCUGACUUGUCCUCUGUUCCUGCUCCACGAGACGAUGACAAAUGCAAAAAGGACGCAAGUACAGCAGUGGAGGACGUAUCGGAGCUCCAGGAACUCUGGAAGGCUGCCACGACCCUCACCAGUCGUCCACCUGUCGUCGCGGUCGCUCGGCUCACUCUGAAAGAGCAACCAAGAUGUACCGGUACACAUAAGAUACAGAUAGAUACGUAUUCUUAUUAG